GUUGUUGGAAGAGAGGCUCACAAUGGAAUAUGUCGGGCUUCCAAUUGCCGGUAAUUAUAUUCCUAGCGUUCGCGUCCAUUUUCGGUGUCGUUCAAAGGGACUGUGAAGCAAUUCGCUGCUUUUAAAAAAAAACUUUUGCAACAAAAAGCCCAUAAUGGAUUUCGAAUAUGUUUCUGACGCUUCUCAGUAGCUUACUCUUGUGAGGCUGAUUGCUUGGUUUCCAGACCUCGUCACCUUGGUGGUGGAUUUGUAACGAUAUAUUUAGCCUCUCUCGUUUGGGAUAUUGCCAUUGGAGCAAGAGAAGACGCAAACGAAACGGAAAAUCAAAUCAAAUUGGAUUGCCAGGUUUCCAGGAAGAUGUGGCUGUGAGCUUGCUCAGAGUGCUGAUCCUGUGGGUCUUCACCUGAUCGUGACCAUGGGGAUAUGGCCGGGUGGUGUCCGGGCCUGCAUUGCAGGUCAGGAGAACUGCUCUGCCAACAAUGAGUCCAAAGACUACUGUUACUCAGCCCGUAUCCGCAGCACCGUGCUUCAGGGCCUACCCUUUGGAGGGGUCCCAACAGUCCUUGCGCUGGACUUCAUGUGCUUCCUGGUGCUUCUCUUUGUCUUCUCAGUACUGCGGAAAGUGGCCUGGGAUUAUGGACGCUUGGCAUUGGUGACAGACGCUGACAGAUCGAAGAAGCGUUUCAGCGGAUUGGAGGAGCGGGAAUAUGUUGCCUCAGCUCUGCAUUCUGAAACGCCAGACCGCUAUGAACGUCUCACUUCAGUCUCCAGCUCUGUCGACUUCGAUCAACGGGAUAACGGCUUCUGUUCCUGGUUAACUGCCAUCUUCAGAAUAAAGGACGAGGAGAUCCGGGAGAAGUGUGGUGAGGACGCCGUGCACUACCUUUCCUUCCAGCGCCACAUCAUCGGCCAGCUGGUGGUUGUUGGGGUUCUGUCUGUGGGCAUCGUCCUGCCGGUCAACUUUUCUGGAGACCUUUUGGAAAAUAAUGCAUACAGCUUUGGGCGGACCACUAUAGCAAACCUGAAGUCUGGGACUAACCUCUUGUGGCUCCACACUUCGUUUGCAUUCAUAUACCUGCUUCUGACUGUGUACAGCAUGAGACGACACACGUCAAAGAUGCAUUACAAGGAGGACGACCUGGUGAAACGCACUUUAUUUAUCAAUGGGAUCUCCAAAUAUGCCGAAGAGGUCCACAUAAAACAACACUUUCAACAAGCCUAUGAGAACUGCAUUGUUCUUGACGCUCGAAUCUGCUAUAACGUAGCCAAGCUCAUGUCCCUGAAUGCUGAGAGGAAGAAGACAGAGCGCAGUUUAAAGUUCUUCACUGAUCUCAUGGCCAAAGAGCACAUGCCCACCAUGGUCAACCCCAAACCCUGUGGCCACCUCUGCUGCUGUGUCAUCAAGGGCUGUGAGCAGGAAGAGGCGGUGAGCUUCUAUACUAAGCGGGAGGCCAAAUUGAAAGAAGAGUACAGAAAGGAGAAAGAGAAGGUCAACACUAAACCUCUUGGCAUGGCGUUCGUCACGUUCCAGAAUGAGGCCAUGACUGCAAUAAUCCUAAAGGACUUCAAUGCCUGCCAAUGCCAUGGCUGCACAUGUCGCCAAGAGCCCAAGUCAUCCCAGUUCAGUGAAAGUCUCCACAUCUACAACUGGAGUGUGAGCUAUGCUCCUGACCCUCAAAACGUGCGCUGGGAGCACUUAUCGUUGGGGGGGGUUUCCUGGUGGAUUCGCUGCUUCAUCAUCAACUGCAUCCUUUUCCUCCUGCUCUUCUUUCUCACCACGCCCGCCAUCAUUAUCUCCACGAUGGACAAGUUUAACGUCACCAAGCCUGUGGAGUAUCUCAAUAACCCCAUCAUCACCCAGUUCUUCCCUACUUUGCUCCUGUGGGCUUUCUCUGCCCUGCUGCCCACCAUCGUCUACUACUCUGCUUUCUUCGAGAAACACUGGACGAGGUCGGGGGAGAACCGGACCACCAUGCACAAGUGCUACACCUUCCUCAUCUUCAUGGUCCUCUUGCUGCCUUCACUGGGUCUUAGCAGUUUGGAUGUCUUCUUCCGCUGGCUGUUUGAUAAGAAAUUCCUUGCUGACGCCACUGUCAGAUUUGAGUGUGUCUUCCUACCUGACAACGGAGCCUUCUUUGUCAACUAUGUCAUUGCCUCAGCGUUUAUCGGUAACGCCAUGGACCUGCUGCGGAUUCCAGGCUUGCUCAUGUAUAUGAUCCGACUGUCCCUGGCCCGUUCCUCUGCAGAGAGGCGCAACGUAAAGAGGCAUCAAGCGUUUGAAUUCCAGUUUGGAGCGGCCUACGCCUGGAUGAUGUCCGUCUUCACUGUAGUUAUGACAUACAGCAUCACCUGUCCAAUCAUCGUCCCCUUUGGUCUGAUGUACAUGCUGCUGAAGCACCUGGUGGAUAGAUACAACAUGUAUUACGCUUACCUUCCCUCGAAACUGGACAAGAAAAUCCACUCAGGUGCUGUCAAUCAGGUGGUGGCAGCUCCCAUCCUCUGUCUCUUUUGGCUGCUAUUCUUUUCCACCAUGCGCACAGGCUUUGUAACCCCCACAUCCAUGUUCACUUUGGUGGUCCUAAUCAUCACCAUUGUGGUAUGCCUGUCGCACGUCUGCUUCGGCCACUUCAAGUACCUCAGCGCUCACAACUACAAGGUACGGGUCACUGUGCUCAAGAUUGACACCAAGGAAACAGAUGUUGACGUGGUUGAAAAUGGCCGCCCACCACUCCGCACCUUCUCCUCUCCUUCUAAUAAGUCUCAGCAACCAACGUACAUUGCCCAGGUCUUACAGGACCCAAUCAUGGAUGAUGCUUGCACAGGCAGUGGGGAGGAAGAUCGGGGGUCCUCACAGGAUGAGGAGAUGAUCAACACUGGGAAUAGUCUCAAUGAAGCUGACUUCCAGUCUGGUGAAGACAGCCUCAUAGCCAAUGAGGUCCACCAGUAGCACUACCAGCUGAGAAGGGGAAAGAGCGAAAUAUGGUGAGAGAGGGAUUUUGGAGAGGAUGAAUGCCAGACAUGAACAACAAGCCACCAACUACACUUUGGAUUCUAAAACAAUCUGCAGUCAUUCCUCCCCCAUGCUCCCCCACUCUGUCACCUUUUUUCUGUUGUGCCUCUGCACAUUGGCAUUACCAGAAAAUGCCAGAUACAUCACAUCACAUCACAUCACAUCUCACACACACACACACACACACACACACACACACACACACCGCAGUGUAAUUGUGAAUGGUUUUGUUAAGUAUAAUUUGGAGAUUGUCUGUGCGGAUUCUUCAAAGUCCCCUCUCAGUGUAUUUUGAACACCUAUCGGCGCGAUAUGAAUCUGGGUGUUGACGCCCCUUGUUUUAUUUAUUUAUCUACUGGAGUCCUACACUUUUAUGGAGCUUCUAUGGAGCACAAGUCCAACACUGGUUUUCAUCAAAUCCAAAAAGAUGGAGUCCCAGAAAAGAAACCAUACAAUAGCCUAGACUUUGUACAUAUCCCAAAAUAUGCCAACCGUUUUUGUGUCUCUUAUUGGAAAGAGGGGAUCAAAAUUGUGCCUGGUUUGGGUUUCUUUUCAUCCAUGUUUCCUUACUAAAUCCCCAUCAAGGUGGCUCAGGACUGGUGGAGAGGUCAUGAAAUUUAGGCUACAAAGCCUCUAAUGAAAUCCUGCUCCAAACACAGGUCCCAUUAACUUUUAUGGGUCUACAGACUCAUACCCAAACUAAACUUGGUUCAUUCUUGUCAAUGUGCAAAGCACCCUGCAUUAGGUCUCCUUUCUCAUAGUUUAUGAACAAAAUUACUUGCUUGCCCCUUUUUUCUUUGAUAUCUUGUUUGUCAUAAGAUAUUCACUCUGCCACUGAACAUCCUAGCCAGUGGUUGGAGACACCAUCUUAACAUGACGUAUAAAAACAUGAUGCCGUCACUGUCAAGUUUGUGUAUUAUUAUUAUUUUUUACUUCAUGUGUCUCACGUCACUGAAUGGGCACUGUUGGAGGAUAUCAGGGCCAUCACAUCGGCCCUCUGUUGUGUCAUCGAUAUUCCAAAGACGGCAGUGGGCAUGGCAUGCCAAACAGCCAACAGACCAGGGUCCGCUCAGAUGGAUUGUGGGGUUUCUGGUGUGACUUGUGUUGUCAUGACAUUUGUCUACGGUCCUCCUGCCUGUGAUGCCCUGUCAGUCACCUGGUCUUGCUGCUCCCCUCCAUCCUGUCCAUCUCAGUUUCCAAAGUCGUGGAUGGCUUGGUGACUCUUGCAGCCACUAACAUUGUACAGUUUUUAUUUUGUCUUUUAUUUUUUAUUUUACCUCUACUACCUUAAACAUAUGAACAUAUACACCUGAAAUAGGAAGCACAUUUUCUUGUCAGCGCAUAGUUCAAUAGGCAACUUCUACUCUAACUGGGUUCUGUUCACCUUGGAGAACUUCAACAUUUACACAAUAGUUCAAUAGUUUAGCUUAUGUUGUAGAUCCAGGGAAAAGCUGGGCGACAUGAAGAAACUGGUCUUGCCUCAAAUUGUACUCUCUACCCUUAAAAUCCUCCAGUCAGAAGUACGCUGAGGUGAAAUAUAUGCAUCUCUGGAAGAGCCAAAUCCCAAUGCAUUAGCUGUUUUUCUAUGCUUCCUCUCAGAGGGAAUAGAAAUGAAGUGUAGAUUAAAAAUGUAGUAAAGUAUUUUGCUCCUCAGGAGUCAUACCUAUGGAAGGUAAUUGUUCAGAUAUACAGCACCAAUGAAUAGCGAUGCUUCCAUUUAUUUUUGUCACAUCAGUUUGGGUGCAGUGUGUGUCUCUGAUUUGAAGUGCAAUCAGCCAGGUGUCUGUCUGAUGCAAAUUGGCUCUCAGCCUCUUUUCUCAGCCCGCAACUACCCCAUUUGGUGUUCACAGUUAUACCCUGGGAAAUUGUGAUGACAUUUCAAAGGCAGUGUGCAAUUUCUUUUCUUAAUGGAAUUCAAGCACAAAACACAUGAAAACGCAAUCAAAUACUUCCAUAAAAGACAUUGGGUAGAAAUAAAUGAAUGCACAACUACAUAUAUAAAUUCAUAUCUUAAAUUACCACAAUUUCAUGAAUUUGAAACAAUCCAGUCCAAAACAGAAAAAAAAGUGGAUAACAGAACAAAGGCAGAAUUAAAUGUAACUUUCCUGAAGUAUUAAAUCACUGGGUAAGUAUUGUCAAUAUACAGUAGUGAUGGCUGUAUAUUAGUGAUCUCCCUAAUACUUUUAAGUGGAGCAUUCUAAUUAUUUCUUUAUAAACCUAGCCAGUCCUUUCAGAUCUGUGAACACCAUAGGGAUGGGGCCAAAUGGAAAAGACUAGGGACCAAAAAUUUACCAGGCCCAGAGUGUGGCUCCACUGACUAGUCCAACAAAUGAGGUGCACUGAUAGUGAAGAUCUGCUAGAGGUUACUGUAUACCUGUGUUUUUGUAUUACUAUAAUUAUCAUGUUUUGGAACGGGACGAAUCGUCUCUGGGCAAAAUGAUUUGUUGUAACAAAAAAAAGGAUGUUUUACCAAUUUGCAUCAGGAACAUGCAAUAGCAAAGAAAUAGAACUAGAGCAGUGACUUAAGGAAAUGUUGAAGUCUCAGGUGUGCUUGUUUGAAAAAAAAGUGUUUACAUCUGGGGUUUUUGCAAUUGUAAUAGUUGUUUUCAACUUUAAGCAUUUCGAUCUGUUGAUGAAGCUAAUCUAUGAAAGCUGUGGCUAUUGGUAACAGUAACAUUUUAUCAGGUAGGAAAAUAAAAACAUAUACCAUGGUUGUCUUAUUAGCAGCACAGUUUCCUCUGUAGACACACUGAAAUUACCAUUGUAUUGUGGUUUGUCCCUGUUUGAAAACCAUAGCUACAUGCUGGAGAUAUUGUAGCUUUUCUGUGUCUACUCUGUUCUGUUUCCCUUUUAAGUGAGUGUGCACUAACAUUCCGUUCAUGAUUGUAUGCACACAAACACAAGACUAACAACUGUCCAGUGAAAGUACAUUUUCCUGACAAUAUAAGAAAUAUUUUAAGAGGCUUGCUUGUUAAUAGACAGUCUAUUUCUCAUUGGAAAUUAAGUUACUUUACAAUAACACAAAAAAAGGCUUUGAGAUAUUUUUGUAAAUCGCAAAAGGAACUGUUUUCAGUGACAUAGCCUAUUCCAGAUUUGAUACCGAUUAUGUAUUAUGUUGAUAGCUGUGACAAUGCUGUUAUAUGUAUUGGGAUUUAUUUAUCAUGAACUGACUUUUUAUUUUAUAACUGUUGCUAAGGAUUUAAGUUAUGAAAAGAAGAAUGUGAUCUGAAAAAUAAACAUGCCUUGAUAGAAGGA